GUGCCCAAUAGUGGGUUUUGACUUGCUUAAGAGAGGGAGAAUUCUUUCAUGUGCGGCUCCGUUAGUUCCUAUCAGAGCCACGGUUUAAAAUGUUAAUGCUCCUCGGUAUUUCUGCAGAUUGCAUCAUUUUCAGUGUUUCAUAACUAUAUGGCAAAAGUAAUUUGAAACAGAUAACAAUAGUGCUGUCUGUUUUAGAAUAACCAUGAUUUCCUUGUCAUUAAGAGAUCUGUUAGCAGGGAGAGGAGGAGAAGUUUUAUCUGGAUGAGUUACAGAUCAUAUGGUGCAAUUGAGCGCUUGCUUUUUCUUUUUCUUUUUUUUUUUUUCCUUCCCUUGAAAUUCACAGCACUGGACUUUGGUUUGGAUAUGAAACGAUUGGAUAGUUUCAAACUCCUGUCUGCACUGAGCAGCUCAGUGCUUCCAGAUGGUUUCAAUAAGCAUCCCAGAAGUGUCACAUCAGCAGCCGAUGGCCCGGGCUGUGCGCGUCUCCUCUCCAUUUUGAGUCACUUGCAGGAAGAGAGAGCAGAAGACAGAAUUAUUCACUUGAUGGAGUUGUUUUCUUUUCAUCCUUAUCCUCUGAUUGUCUUGUGCAUUUUGUUUCUGAGCCUAAAUGCAGCGUUAUGUUUAAACGUGCUCGAGGCAUUCAGAGGAUUGCUUUAAACAGAUGGGCAAAAGGGGCUGGAAGCCCUUUUUGUGCUCUGUCUGAGCUGAGCCUGCGUUCUGCAUCUCCUCUGCAUGCCUGUGUGUCCAUAGGGUUGUGUGCAGGGCAGGAUUUCUACCCUGAAACAAUGCAGCAAAAGCCCCACCUAACAUGGGAAGGGAGUGAUGGCCUCCCAAGUGGGAGUAUGUCUGGCCCAUUAUCUACUGUUUGUUUAUAUUAUGAUGUGGGGUUUUUGUGUGCUUUUUUCUUUUCCUCCCCCCAGCAGUCCAAGAUGGGUGGAAAUUAAGAUGAGAUGAACUUCGGGUGCUUGCAGUCGUCACUGGCCUCCUGAUCUUGGCUGUGACUCAGGAACAUAACCACAGAAAAAAACUCUUGGAACAAAUUAGGGAUUUGGAAGCUUAAAGUUGAGAAGAGAGGGGAGAGACAGGGAUUUUUCUUACAGGUUUAUUUGUUUUCUGUUGAUCAUUUCACUUUGUGGCUGAAAGCAUAGAGCAUCCAAGUGGAUCAGUUGGCAUUAACUUCCUGAUCCUCGCUAGAUCAGGAGGAUGGCAGGUCUUCCUGAGUCACAGGCAGGGCACAGACACAAGUCCUGGGAGUCACCUGGCCAGCCCUUUCAACCUGCCUGCAAUGUGCACCUGAAGUUUCUGCUCCCUGCUGCCCCAUGGCAGUGUGCACUGGGUUACCUGUGGCUUUCAACCAUACAAAGAUGCUCUUGCCUAGCUUAGAAAAACUGUCCUCCUCUUCUUGAUUUCCUACUGUGAAAGUUGCACAUCUCCCAGUUCAUCUCUCCACCUCCUUUGGCCAGAGACAUUUCUCAUUUCUCCUUACCUUUGGGAAGGGUGAGUGAAUAUGUGUGCAGCCACAAACGACAUGGGGGUGGUGCAGCUACAGGGCUCCCCAGUCUCACAUCUCCUGAAAUAUGCACCGUGCACUCAGUAGUGAUGCUCAGUGGCAAUCUCCCAGUUGUCAGAGAGGCCCUGUGAUUAAAGGGUGAAGUGUAUUAAAGUGAAGCACAGAGCUGUGAAGUUGUCCCUUGGGUGAAUCUUGACCAGUGGAUGAGAAGCCUUACAUGCCAGCAGCUAUCAACAGAGUGAUGUGAAAACAAAGCUGAACUGCUGUAUUAGUUAAAAAAUAUAUGGGUGCUACAUAACAAACAGUAGAGCAUCAUUAAGGCAUGGUGACCGCUGCAGAUUCCUUUACCUGACCUGAAUUCACACGCUUUGUUUAUAGGUUCCUGUCUUGUAAAUUUAGAUUUGAGGAAAUCCCAGCCUUUUAUGGUAGUGUUUGAGGGGCUGGAAUGCUGUCACAGCCAUUUCUGAUUCCUCAUCUUGAUGGGCACGUGAUUGCUGGGAUUCAUUACAUGUAGAGAAAACCAGUGACUCCAGAAAAUCCCCAGAGCACUACCACAUUUUGUGUGUGUCCUAAUACUGAAAGCAGAAGCUUUGUUUGUUACUGGGAGGAACAGAGUCAUUGGCUGAGCUCUCGCGCUGGGGAUGUUGGAGCAGGGGAGACCUAAGAGGAGAUCCUUCCAGUUGGCUGUGGGCUGGGGAGAUGAAGCUUUGGGAUGUGAGGGUGAGCCUGCAGCCUUGUGAGAGCGGGGUGGGAUGCCCUGCAGUGACUAGGUAAGAGCCACGUGCCGGGAGGAGGUGACACGCUGUGUCCCUGUGCUGCUUCAGCAUGGAGGUCGUCUUCACCCUCUGUGCCCAGUGCUGGGCCUGGUCACUGCACUGCCGAGCAGUGAGGUAAUGAUGGCCCUCAGCUGGGGCAUCAUUAUCAUCCAGCUUCAUUUCCUGCUGGGUCCUGAGGGCAAUUAGGCUUUUGCAUGAUCUGACUGUACAGAUCAGGGGGUGUCACACCCAGCAUAGCCCAAAAUAAUGUUGACCAUUUCUGCGAGCUCCCAUUUUUCAUUAUUUUCCCAAAGAGGUGUGUGAGUCAGUUCCUGUAACUCACGGGCAGACUUGAGUUUGGAUGGACAGAAGAGCAGAUAGCACUAAAAAGUGAGGAGCUCCAGCAUGGUGGGAUCUCUGGAUUUAGGCCUCCUCUGGAUGAGUUUUCUUGCAUUCAUGUGCUGCAAACUCAUUCUGAUCCGCAGUGGGAGCAUCCACCAGCUGUUGGUUAGGAUGGCUUUUUGAGAUCUGCAAUUAAAUGUUGGUUUGAUAGCACUGGUUCCAACAUCUGCUUCUCCUGCUUUGCAACAUAAAUUUAACAAUCUUUGUUUCCAGCUUUCUCCCCAAACUAAAGCAGCAAGUUUCCUCAGUGCAAACUCCUGCACUCAGAUCCAACCCCUGAACCUCUUCCUUUCCCUUUUUCCUCUCUUUUUCUUUUUCUUUUUUUUCUUUUAAGCCGCCCCCGUUCCCUUUUGAAUCGGUGAAUGAGAGAAUGUCUAAAGCCAGGGAAGGAUGGAAACAUUUUCUCCUUGGUGAGGUCAGGGUGGGGUGGAAAGCGGAGGGGGCUGCGAGGGGGCAGUUUGAAAACAGGAAACCAUGUGGCAGCAUGCAUGCAGGGCCCAGCUGAUGUGAAUGAGCUAUUGAGAGGGGAGAGACUUGCUGCCUAGCCCAGCGUUAGAAAAACUGAGAAACCCUGUGUUUGCCCUUUUUUUUUUUCCCCCUCAAAGAAAAAAAGCUCUGCUUCUCAGAAUAAAUGAGAUAAACUUGUAUCUUCCUGAGUACGAGUUACUGAAAUCUUUUGCUUCCUUUUUUAUUUUUUUUUUGGGUGCACUGAUUGAAUCAUAAGUUUCCAUCCCCGUUUUGGGGAAGCGCUGAGCCUGAAUUUGUCUGUCUGUCUGUCUGUCAUCCACCUGGCCCCAGGGCAGAGGGAAACACAGCCGUCCUCCCUGUCCUCGGCUCUCCCAAAAUGCGUCCUUUCACUUCUCCAUCUUUGCAUCGAGAAAACAGGCUGAGAGCCUGAAGCAGGAGGUGCAAGGAGCUGCUGAUGGAAAGCUGCUGCUUUUUCUUCCUCCACUCCCAUCUCUUUUUUUUUAUUUUUUUUUUUUUCUUUCUUUCUGAGGAGAUGAAUCACGCUCCCACAACUGUAAAGACAUUUUCAAAGCUGAGAACGCUGGUGGUGCAGUACUAAAAAGGCAAGUAGGGCCGUCCCAGCUCAGGCCAGGAGGGAGUGGCUUUAUUUCAUUAUUUUCUUUCCUUUUGCCCCGUGCUGUCAUUAGAAAUUUAAACUUAACGCAAAACCGAGCCCUCCUGCCUGCUCGGCUGAACGGCGGAUGGACUCAAAAGGAAGAAAACACCUUUUUUUAUUGUUUCUUUCACAUCUUUGUGUGCUGAAAGAAAACUCACAUUGGUGACAGUAUUUACUUUGGAUACAGUGAUCGACUUUUUUUUUUUUUCCUUUUUUUUUUUUUUCCUUCUGAAUCAGACACGUCGUGGCUGAGCCUUCCUCCUGCUUUUCUCCCUUGGAGCAUCAGGGUUCCUAUCGCAUCUGUCUGGCUUUUGUUCUCUAUCAGAAUUUUUAUUCUGAUGCUUUUUGGAUAUCAAAGUUGUCUGGAAAACUUUUUAUCAUUCUUAUUCAUAUAACAGGAAGGCUGAUCCCAUUCUUAGCAGCUACAAAAGAAGUAAUAUUCGUAUGUAUAAAGCUCUCUCGAUAUACCUUCUGUUUUCUAUAAGUUGCUGUGUUUGUAUAAGCAAAUCUGUUCCAAGAAGACUUUAUCAACCGGUCGCAGCUCUGGGAUUUUCUUUUUCCUGUUGAGAGGCUCGGAGCGGCGGGGACUUCUCUGAGCACGCGUGCGUGUGGCCAGGAGCACAGCAGACACUCUGGGGUUCAUGGUGGGCUCUGCUCCCUACACUUUGCCUCUGCUCGCGGCCCUUUGGACAAAAUGUACGAACGGCACAAGAGGCGGUACAGCCUGUGCGACAUCUCCAAGGUGGACAGGACUGUAGAUGUGGUGUUGUUAAAGAUAAACCGUGAAAGCUGGUGCUCACUGGAGCCAUGUCCUGACUCUUCGCUGCUGGAGCGCAAGCGGACAGGAGAAUCUCCAGAGUGUGAGAACUUCUUGGAGGAUGGGCUGAGCAGUGUCUGUGCCUCAUCACAGGGUGUCCUUAAAAGAGAAUCUGGCAGCGAGUCUGACUUCUUCUCCUUGCCUGGUGAUGGGAUGGAAGAUCUUGUCUUUGGAAAGCAGCCUGAAGAGGAACAGUCUGCAGGAGAUGUCACCAGCUCCAGCUCCUCUGCUGAUGACACUGUGUCCUUGGAGAGGAACUCAUCCCUGGGUAGCGACACGUCCCUGCCCUUCCCACCUGCAGUGAGCUUUGCACAGCCCAAGGACAGGCGCAGCCUGGAUGGGAGCUGCACGAGCAUGGUGGCUGUGGAGGGAGGAGAGGGUGAACUCUCUGGCUUGGGAGAGAAGGAAGAGGAGCUGGACAGUAUCACAGACGUGCCUGCUCCUUCCUCCGUCUCAAGAAACUCCAUGCGGCCACUGUCACCUUUCCGACGCCACAGCUGGGGGCCGGGGAAGAAUGCCACCAAUGAAACAGAAAUCAAUCAGAGGAGUUCAAUGCGAGUUCUGGGGGAUGGUAUAAAGAAGCCUCCCAUUCAUAGGAGAAGUUUGAGCUGGUGUCCCUCUGGUGUGCAGUUCGCUGCCAUGGGUCCUGACUUUAAUUGUAGAAGUUACAGCCUAGAAGGCCUUGCUGGAGACUCUGGUGAGAACAAGAAGCCCUCUGCAAACAUGGAGGCUGCUUCUCUGAGCUCUAAGGACCUCCCACGGAGCGCACUCACCAGCAACCAGUGCGGCUCCCUGGUCUUGCUCACUGAAGAACUUGAGCAAGGGGAAAUCAGAGACUAUGAUCACCAGAUCCAUCAAGCACCACACACACAAGGAUUUAAUUUCUGCACUUCUUCCGUUUCAUCUUCACUGACCAAAUCUGUGUCUUUAAUGUCAAUUAGUAAACCAUCGCUGGACAGUACUCAGGCAUUUGGUGGCCCCGCGGGUUCCUUGGUUCAGAGCAUAUCUGAAGAGAGCAGCAGUGUCCCCUCUAUUAAAAGUGGAACAAAAGUCAGUCGUACCUUCAGCUACCUCAGGAAUAAAAUGUCCAGCAGCAAGAAGAGCAAAGAAAAAGAGAAAGAUAAAGAGAAGACUAAAGAGAAGGACAAAGAUUCCAAGGAAAAGGAAAAAGAUAAGAAGAUGUUAAAUGGACAUCUCUUCACUGCAACCUCCGUUGUAGCCCAAGCAAUCUGUUACCACUGUAUGAAACCUUUCAAUAAGGAUUCGUACUACUGUGCAAACUGCAAUGCAAUUGUUCACAAAGGCUGUAAGGAGAGCUUUGCUUCCUGUGCAAAGGUGAAAAUGAAGCCACAGAGAGGAAUGCUGCAGGCACAUGAUACCUCUUCGCUACCCACAGUGACCAUGAGAAACAAAGGCUCACAACCCAAGGAGCGCCCUCGCUCCGCAAUACUUGCUCCCGAUGAAAACACCGUCACCUCAAUAUUCAAUAACAGGAGAUCACAACAGCCUACGGCGCUAUCAAAGAGUGUCUCAAUACAGAACAUUGCAGGGGUUGGAAAUGAUGACAGCUUAAUACACACUUGGAAAUUUCUGUCACAGUCCACGGACUCUUUACAUAAAAUUAGCCGGGUGAAUGAAUCCACUGAGUCAUUAGUUGAUGAAGGUGCAGACAUGAAUGAAGGGCAGCUGAUGGGAGAUCUGGAACUAGAUUCCAAGCAGCUGGAGGCAGAGUCCUGGAGCCAAGCAGUGGACAGCCUGUUCCUACAGCAGCAAAACAAGGAUGUUGUCAAACGGCAAGAUGUAAUUUAUGAGCUCAUGCAGACAGAAAUGCAUCAUGUCCGCACCCUGAAGAUAAUGAACGACGUAUACAGUGCAGGGAUGUUACAGGAGCUGCAGUACGAUCAGCAAGUUGUGGACAAGAUCUUUCCCUGCCUGGAGAACUUGCUGCACAUACACAGUCAAUUCUUCCAGCGGAUUCUGGAAAGGAAGAAGGAGUCAUUGGCAGACAAAAGUGAAAAGAACUUUGUUAUCAAGAGGAUAGGUGACAUCCUGGUGAAUCAGUUCUCCGGAGAGAACGCUGAGAGAAUGAAGAAGACAUAUGGCAAAUUCUGUGGGCAUCACAAUGAGGCAGUAAAUUACUUUAAAGAUCUGUGCUCAAAGGACAAACGUUUCCAGGCUUUUGUCAAGAAAAAAAUGAGUUCCUCCUUAGUGAGACGCCUUGGGAUUUCUGAAUGUAUCUUGUUGGUAACACAGAGAAUCACAAAGUACCCAGUCCUGUUACAGAGGAUAUUGCAGUACACGGCAGAAAAUGAAGUGGAACAUGAAGACUUGACUCAGUCAUUAAACCUUGUUAAAGAUGUGAUUGCUGCAGUCAAUAGCAAAGUCAGUAACUAUGAAAAGAAAAUGCGCCUGGAUGAGAUUUACAACCGGACAGACAGCAAGUCCAUCAUGAGGAUGAAGAGUGGUCAGAUGUUUGCAAGAGAGGACUUGCGACAUCGGAAGCUCAUCCGGGACGGGCCUGUGUCACUGAAAAAUGCAGCUGGACGGUUAAAAGAAGUUCAGGCUGUUCUCCUCUCUGACAUGCUCAUAUUCCUUCAGGAGAAGGACCAGAAAUAUGUCUUUGCCUCACUGGACCAGAAAUCCACUGUGAUCUCUCUGAAGAAGCUAAUCGUCCGGGAAGUGGCUCAUGAAGAGAAGGGUUUGUUCCUGAUCAGCAUGGGUGUGAAAGAUCCCGAAAUGGUGGAAGUGCAUGCCAGCUCCAAAGAAGAGCGUAACGGCUGGAUACAGAUCAUUCAAGACACAAUAAGUACCAUGGAUAAGGAUGAGGAUGAAGGAGUCCCUUGUGAGUCUGAAUUUGAGAAGAAAUUGUCAGACACAAGAAUCAGAGCGCUGAAAGAACAACUUCAGCAGAAGGAUAGACAGAUCCUCCUCUUGCUGGAGGAAAAGGCCAAAAUCUUCAGUGACAUGGCAGACUCCUCUAUGCAAGAGGACAUGCCGGGUUCCAGACUGCUCUUCAGAGCCAACACUGAAGAAGCACCAAAAGGAGAAGCCAUUAUGAAAACUGCAAUAAAUGAAGUGGAACUGUUGCAAGACCUGGUGAACAGGAACCUGGGCAGCACCCUUGUGCAGCAACUCAGCAGUGCUGCCAUUGACGAAGAAGGAGGAGUUGGUCCCAUCUCUCUUCCUAAAAGGGCAGAAACUUUUGGAGGAUUUGACAGUCACCAGAUGAAUGCCUCCAAGGGUGGUACGAAGGAUGAAGGCGACGAUGCUCAGGACCUACGGAGAACGGAGUCAGAUGGUGUUUUAAAGAAGGCUGGAAAUGCUAACCUGAUGUUCAUAUUGAAAAGGAACAGUGAGCAGGUCCUUCAAAGUGUUACCAGCCUCCGUAAGCUGCUCAGUGCUCUGCAGGGCGUUGUCCUACAGCAGGACACCUACAUCGAGGGCCAGAAGCUGGCCUUGAGUGAGAGGGCUCUGUCCCGAGGCUUCUUCCGCCCAGCCUCUCUGCUGGAGCAGGAGAAGCAGCGCAACCUGGAAAAGCAGCGCCAGGAACUCGCCAACCUGAAGAAGCAGCAGGCUCAGCACCAGGAGGAGAAGAGAAGGGCAGAGAAGGAGUGCGAAGCACGGGAGAAGAAGCUGGCAGAGCUGGAAAUCCAACUGGCCAAGAGGGAGGAGGAGAUCCAGAAAGGGUGGCAGGAGCUGGAGUGCAGGCGGGAUGAGCUGCGGCAGUUGAAAGCCUCCUACCAGCUUGAAAUGGAGAAACUUCUCAGUAAGCAGAAGCAGCUGGAUAAGGAGUGGGAACAACUCAGGAAGGACAUGGAGCGACAACCUCAAGUGUGGUUGGAGCAUGAUGACAACCAGGUGUCAAAUCGACAUGAGAAACUUGCAAGGGUUUGCUCCCAGUCCAGCCUCGAAGGCACCUCCAAGCAGAAGAGCCCCUCGUUUCCUAAGCAAGGGCACUCUGAUGCAGAACUGUCUGUCUCCCCCAAAAGGAACAAUCUUUCAAGGACACACAAAGAGAAAAGCACUUCCCAUUUGCUUAGCACAACAAACCAGACUAACAAGGCAGCUGAGGAACAUCCCCAGAUGCCUACUCGCCUCUUCAGUUUAUCCAAACCAAAGGAAAAGAAGGAAAAGAAGAAAAAGGGCAGGGGACAUCGCUCCCAGGAAUCUGCUUGCUCUGCCUCAGAGGGGAUCAUGCUUUCAUGCUUUCAGAACCUACGUGGAAUUUUCCGGUCUGCCUCGAGACCCUCCGGCAGCACUGCUGACAUUUAUAAUUCUGUUCUUGUUUAUUCUCAUUCAUCAGAAGCACCUCCAGAGGGUGAGGAGAUCUUCUGCUGAGUGGGGACAGCUCCAUCAGUCAUUCUCAGCUUUCAUACAGCGGACAUCUCCCUGCCCGACCCACAGCACAGUGCUGGUGCCUGCACCUGACAAGCAUCUGGAGGUUUUCAUUAAAACGUUCUGAAAGUUUA